AUGACUGUCAGUAACCAGGCAGCGCAGCAGCAGCGCGUCGAAAUGCCCCUUCCACGAAAGCUACCAGCCAUACUAGCCCUCUCAGCCAGUGUCAGCGUACUGCUGAGCUCGAUUCUGGCUAUAGCUUUCAAGAUGGACUCUUACACCUCGUACAAGAAGGAAACCGAUAGUUCGCCGAAUGGAGUUGGGACAAAGAGCAGCCCAAUGAGGGGAUCUGGCGGAUGGAUCUACGUUUAUCCGGAGCAUCUUGUGCCAGUCACCCACGCACCGCUUGUUCUCGCUGCUAGCUUUGGCUUGUUGGUAGGGUUGGCCGCAACCUGCCUCAUUGGUUGGUCCAUGGUCAAGAAACGAGUGUUGCUGGUCACUUUCACCUAUCAAAUUGCUCUCCUUGCCGUAUUAACCGCCAAUGCCCUUGUAGCUACGAUCACCAUGAUCUACAUGUUGGUUCAGCAUUCCCACAGUGCCCACUUCAACCCCGAUUACGAGAUGACCACGGCCUACUAUGAUUAUGGACUUUUCACCCUGGAGGCCUGGGCGUGCGAGAGCCCCCGUUACGUUGAUGCUUUCAGAGAUUCCGAAUAUCUUAGCUUGGUACAGCAGUGUACAACUGAAAGAGCAAGUCGCGGCCUGGCAAUUGUGUUGUGUUUCUUUUGUCUAGCACUGCUGGGACUUCUGGGAUGGGAUCUCAACAGGACGCAGUUUGUUUUGGCAAAGAAGCAGCGGAGAACCAGGAAUAGUUGGGAAGACGAUGGAUGGGGACACUGA